AUGGCGGCGCGGCCCCCGCCCCGUCCCCAGCCCCCUCACUGCUCUCACACGCAGAGGCGCCGGGAGUUCACCGGCUGCGGGCCGCUGCCGGGCGAAGUGGCGGUGCUAGCCAAGCCCACUAAGAGAGACCUGUUCGAAGAGACGAUUUUGGCCGAGAGGGCGCUGGAGGAGGAGCAGCGUGAGUAUGAACGUGACCUGCGGAUGCUCCGCCACUACCGCAAUGUCUCCGACUGGCACAAGGGCGGCGAGGAGAAAUGGAUGCAGCGCGCUGCCGAGAGGAAGGUCCGGGCCACGCUGCAGCAGUACCUGAAGGAGAUCGAAGUGAGGAGAGAGAGGCUCCGUGACUUUCUGGAGGCAGAGGAGAGCAGGCACCUUGCUGAGGUGAAUGCACUUGAUGAGGAAAAGGCACAGCAGAAAGAAGCAAACUUGAAGGAACAAGCAAAAUUACUGAAGGAGAAGAGGGAGCAAGAAAGACUGCGAGUCGUGGCUGAAAAACGAGAGCAACAGUUCAGAAACCGAUGUCACGAGUAUCGCGAACACUGUAAAAAACUGAGUGAGAAGGAGCUGGUUGACUGCCAGCUGGCCCAGCAGGCUCUGAAGGAGAUGCUGAAAGAGGAAGAGAAGAUGCAGGAGCGGGAGUUGGAAGAGAUUUGUGAGAAGGAACAGCUGGCUAAGGACCAGGAAGCGGAGCUGAAGGCGCAGGAGGCGGCAGCGCGGAUCCGGGAGAUGGUGGAUGUGCUUGAUGCCCAGGUGGCCGUGCAUGCCGCUCGCAGGGAGGAGAAGAAGCAGGAGAUCAGACAGGAGGCUGAAAGGAUGGAAAAAGAGCUGCACCAGUUCAGGAAAGAAAAUGAAGACCUUGAGAGGAAGAAGCUGUAUCAGCAGAAGAAAUGCAGGGAGACGUUGCUCAAAGCAGUGCAGGACAGGCAGAAGCAUCUUGAUGCAGAAAAACAAAUUCAACUUGCUGAAGAGAAGGCGGCCUUGGAAAAUGAUUUGGAGGACACCGACAAGGAAUAUGAGAAGAUAAGAAAUAAAAAACGAACGCUGUUGAAGGAGCAACUUUCUUACCUGGAUCAUCUGGCUGAACAGCUGAGGAAGGAGAAGGAGCAAGAAAGAGAGGAUGAGCAGAUCUUCAAGGAAGAGAGGGAUAAGAUGUGGGCCGAGAGGAUGUCCUGA